AUGCAACACUUACGAGACAUUUCAAAAGCAAACAUGAGGAAUGCUUUUGCUAACCAUGUUACACAAUGUCUCACACAUUCAUUCAUUUUUAUGGUCUUGGAUCUUAUUAAAUCUAACAUUCGUGGAAGUGAUCUCAGAAAUUUAACUGAAGUACGAGAGACAGAAUGGAUAAUAAAUCUUAGAGCUGACAGGCACCCAGAUAUUGUGAUGGAUAAGUGGCUGAAACCUGGCACAACAAAAGAGCUGACGCAUGAUAUGAGUAUAGAAUGUGAUCAGAGUACUUCUCAAGACAUGUCCAACAUUUUGGUGCAAAACACUAACCAGGCACAGUCCUUAGUUUCUCAAAGAGGGAAAAAGAGAAAGUACUGUGAUGGAUACAUGAAAUAUGGAUUUUCGUAUGUGGGAAAUGAAGACUGUCCUAAGCCCCAAUGCGUGGUGUGUGGGGAAGUGCUUUCAAAUGGUAGCAUGAAACCUUCCCUACUUUUACAUUUAGAAACGAAACAUGCCAACUAUAAAAACAAGGAAUACAGUUUUUUCAAACGGUUAGCGGAAAAUAACAAAAGAUUGAAUCUGACAUCAUACAUGCUGUCAGGUAACAAAGAUUACGAAAACGCAGUUGAAGCUAGUUACCGUGUUAGUUACCGUUCCGCAAAAUGUGGUAAAAGUCAUACCAUAGCCGAGAAUCUAAUAUCUCCCUGUAUAACAGAUGCCGUUCGAUGUAUGCUUGGAGAAGAACACGUGUGGAAAAUGACCACCAUCCCUCCUUUGAACAAUACAAUAUCUCGAAGAAUUGAAGACAUGUCUGAUGAUGUUGAGAUGACAGUAAUAGGUAGAAUUAAAAGCAGUAAAAUUUUUGCUAUUCAAGUUGAUGAAAGCACAGAUGUUGCCAAUUGUGCUAUUUUGCUUGUUAUUGCAAGGUAUGUGAAAGAUAAUGAAGUUGAAGAAAACCUUUUGCUUUGUCAUUCUCUGUCACAACGCAGAUGGGGUGAGGAUAUAUUUAAUAUUAUUGAUUGUUAUUUCAAAGAAAAGGAGAUUAAUUGGUCUAAUUGUUGUGGCUUAUGUACCGAUGAUGCCAAGUCUAUCUCUGGUCUUCGUGGUCUUGUCAUGAAGGUAGCAACCAAUAUAAGUUGGAGCCACUGUUGCAUCCACAGACAAAGUUUAGCAUGCAAGAACCUUCCUGGUGAAUUAAAACUUGUUUUGGAUGAAGCUGUGAAAGUAGUGAAUUUUAUAAAGUCGAAGUCCACAAACUCAAGAAUUUUCAAAGCUCUGUGUGAAGAGAUGAUGAGUCCUCAUUCUACUCUGCUCCUUCAUACAGAAGUAAGGUGGCUUUCUCAUGGUAAAGUACUUACCCGGCUGUUUGAACUUAGACAUGAAGUCCAGGUGUUUUUUGAAGACCAUCCUUUCUUCCUUGCUUCCAAGUUACACGACUGUAAUUGGCUUCAGGCACUUGCAUACUUAUCAGAUAUUUUCCAGAUUAUAAACAAAUUAAAUUUGACACUUCAGAAUAGCUCAAUAACGAUCUUCAAUGUCUCAGACAAAAUUGAAUCUAUGAUUAAAAAAUUAGAUUUUUGGAGGUCAUGUCUUGAAAAUGGCCAAACUGAGGUAUUUGAAACUCUGCAUAAUUUCUUAUCUGAAAACAAGCUUAAUCUAUCCAGGGAAAUAAGGAAGAAAAUAAAUGAACACUUGAAUGGGCUAAAAUCAGACUUCCAGAAGUACUUCCCCAAACUUGAAGAAGAAAUCUAUUGGAUUUCAAAUCCUUUUGAAGAACAAUAUGUCCUGGCAGCUAAAUUAUCAGUCAAGGAGAAAGAGAAGUUGAUUGAACUUUCAACUGAUAGUACUUUAAAUUCUGAAUUCAAAGGACACUUUCUUAUUAACUUUUGGGCAAACAUCAGCAGAGAAUACGAACAGCUUUCUGACAAGGCCCUUUUGUUUCUUUUGCCAUUUACAAGUACUGAACUAGCAGAGAGAGAUUUCUCUUCUUAUGUCUUAAUUAAAAACAAAUAUCAUAAUAAGCUGAAUGCAGUUCCAGAUUUACGAUUACACCUUUCAUCAGUUGAACCCAAUUUCAAAAAACUAUGUGCCUCAAAACAAGUACAAGGCUCACACUAA